UUUUUCAAAUUUUUUUUUAAAAAAAAAAAUAUUUUUUUUAACUUCUUCUAUUUUUUCUUCUUAGCGCAUAAAAUGUUGUGGACAAAAUGUUUGAUUCUGUUGGGAAUCAGUAUAAACCUGCAUGAGUGUGUUCAGUAUCAAGCUGAAACUAAUCUGAAAAAAUCCCUCUUGAAAGAUUAUGACAAAAACGUGAUACCCAUAGAAGAACACGACAAGCCGGUUGACGUCAAGCUUGGCUUGUCAUUGAUUUACAUGGAUAAAUUGUGUCCAAAAACUAACGAAUUUCACGCCACGUUUUAUGUGAAGAUGUCAUGGAAUGAUCCAAGAUUGAAAUGGGAUCCUGCAAAGCACGAAAAUAUACAAAAAAUACUUUCUUUUAGAUACGAAGAUAUCUGGUACCCGGAUGUUAUAUUAUAUUUUGGGAAAGAGGAAAUAACUGAUAAGGUCUCCAAAAAUAUAUACACAAUAAUAGAAAAUACGGGGAAUGUUUUAUGGGUACCUCCGGUUACAAUUAAGACCCAUUGCCUUUCACAACUCAACAAAUCGUAUCCACCUGACAUCUCAUCUAACUGGUUGGAUAAAAGAGAGGAGUUCCCGGAAACAUUUUUUGAGCAGAGUAGUCACGAGCUAAUCCGUUGGUGCUUUUUAAGGUACGGUUCUUGGGUAUUCGAUAACAGUAUGCUACAUUUAGAUUUGUUUGAAGGUGAUAACAAAAUUGACAUAAAUUACUACUUCCCCACCGUGAAUUGGGAAUUGAUGGAUAAUAUAGUCUUCGCAAAAAAUACUACCUACCCAUGUUGCCCUGAGUCCUCUUAUACCUCUAUAACGUUUGCUAUGAAAUUCCGAAAGAUGUUUGAUGAAAACUAAAUAAUAAUUAUUUUUUUUAUUUCAUUCUAAUAUAAUAUAUAUUUUUUUAAAUUAUUUUUUAUACUAUAUAAAUUACGUUUCAAAUAUAGUAAAUAAAUUAAAAAUUUGAAGAAUUUUCAAAA